GCCCAGACCGGCUCCAAACCCCUGCCGCUGCUUAACCUACCUUUAUUCAACACGUAGUUUCAGCUUCCCACCUUUUGUCCCCAUUUCGACACAAGGAACGGAGACAGAAAACUGUUUGAACGGUCUUCAAAUGGGAAUUACAUGCGCGCAUGAAAGUUUGUCUCACUUUUCUCCCCAGUGAAAAGUCGGACUCCUUUUCGGUGGAAACAUGCCGGAGCGAAUAAGCAUUUCAGACUUUGUGGUGCUGACAAACGAGGACUUGUCUUCUCCCGGGACUUCUAGUUUCCAGUCCAAGAUGAGCGACUGUCGGAACACAGUGUUGACCGUGGAGGAGUGUCUGGAGACAGACAACACAACUCUGCAGAGGAUGAAGAAGAUGAUCAAAGCUAUACACACCUCUGGACUCUCACACGUGGAAAACAAAGAGCAGUAUACAGAGGUGCUGGAGAAUCUGGGGAAUAGCCACCUGACCCAGGACAACAAUGAAAUCUCCACAGGCUUCCUCAACUUGGCUGUGUUUACAAGGGAGGUCACAGCCCUCUUCAAAAAUCUGGUCCAAAACCUCAACAACAUCAUGGCAUUUCCGCUGGAAAACGUGCUGAAAUCAGAAGUCCGGGACAGCAGAUUAGAGAUCAAGAAACACAUGGAGAAGAGCUGGAAGGAUUACGACAUCAAAUUAGGAAAGCUGGAGAAAGAGAAGAAGGAGAAGACCAGGCAGCUGGGGGCGAUCAGGACGGAGGUACCAGACGGAGGAGAGGACAUGGAAAGAGAAAGAAGGAUCUUCCAGCUGCAGAUGUGUGAGUACCUUUUGAAGAUCCAGGAACUGAAGGUGCGGCAGGGCCCGGAUCUUCUCCAGAGCCUCAUUAAAUACUUCCAGGCCCAGCUAAGUUUCUUUCAGGAUGGGCUGAAAGCUGCAGAGAAUCUCACUCCCUUCAUUGAGAAACUUGCUUCUUCUAUUCACACGAUACGCGUGGAAGAGGACGAGGAGGUAAAACAGCUCAUUCAGUUAAGGGAUUCUCUCAGAUUACUUCUACAAGUGGAGGGAAAAGAGGAGUACCUCAACAGGAAAAACUCUGGGAAUGGCUACAGCAUCCACCAGCCACAGGGAAACAAGAAGUAUGGGACGGAGAAAUCUGGCUUCCUGCUAAAGAAGAGUGACGGGAUUCGAAAGGUUUGGCAGAAGAGGAAGUGUGGCGUUAAAUUUGGAUGCCUGACUAUUUCCCACAGUACGAUCAAUCGGCCGCCAGCAAAGUUGAACCUACUGACCUGCCAGGUUCGACCAGACCCAGAGGACAGGAGGACCUUUGACCUGGUCACCCACAACCGGACGUAUCAUUUUCAGGCAGAAGAUGAGCAGGAAUGUGUGAUCUGGGUGUCAGUGCUGCAGAAUAGUAAGGAGGAGGCCCUGAACACGGCGCUGGGAGGCGAUCAACUUCAGCUCCAGGAUAGUGGGCUUCAGGAGCUCUCCCAAGCCAUAAUUGCCGAACUCCGUCACAUGCCAGGAAAUGAGGCGUGUGCAGACUGCGGAGCUCCAGAGCCCACAUGGUUGUCCACCAACCUCGGCAUCCUGACAUGCAUCGAGUGCUCCGGCAUCCAUCGAGAUCUGGGAGUCCAUUACUCGAGGAUCCAGUCACUCACGCUGGACUUGCUGAGCACGUCUGAAUUACUGUUGGCCGUCAACAUUGGCAACACCAGAUUCAAUGACAUCAUGGAGGCCGGCCUUCCAAAUGACUCCGUCAAACCCUUACCGCAAAGUGACAUGAAUGCCAGGAAGGAGUACAUAGUGGCGAAGUAUGCCGAACGGCGGUACGUCCUACGCAAAGAAGAGGCGACUCUGGGCCGGCUUUACGAUGCAGUGAAGAGCCGUGACCUCGCUUCGCUCCUGCAGCUCUACGCCGAGGGAGCAGACCUCACCAAGCCACUCACAACCCCCGAGAGACAGGGGAUUAAAGAGACGGCGCUCCAUCUUGCUGUGCGUCUGGAGGAAAGAAGCUCUCUGGCGCUGGUGGAUUUCCUCUGCCAGAACAGCAACUGUCUGGAGAAGAAAACGGCCGAGGGGAACACAGCUCUUCACUACAGCGUCCUGUAUCACAAACCCGAAUCUCUCAAGUUGCUGCUCAAGGCAAAGGCAUCCCUUCACCCAGUAAACUCAAGUGGAGAAACAGCUCUCGAUGCUGCAAAGAGGCUGCAGCACACGCUCUGCAUCGAACUGUUGGAACUGGCCCAGAAUGGGAAGUUUAACUCCCAAAUUCAUGUGGAUUUCAUGUGGGAGUCACAGUCUCAGGAGUUCUACGACAGUGAGGACGACCUAGAUGAAAGGGUGAGUCCUUUACCCAAAAGCCGUUCUUCUCCAUUAGCAAACGGAGGAUCGGCCUUUGCCCGCUGGAGUAAUGGUGCUGGUACAGGUAGCAGGCCAUGCCAGAACUAUGAGAAUCUAGACUUCUUGUAUAGAAGUCCCCCGGCCAAUAGCGCCCCCUCUGGAGCAUCAAUGCCACCACCACUGCCAGCUAAAUCCAUCCAAAGAGGCCGCUCUGAACCCCAGAUAUCAGUCAUAUCGCAGGAAGGAAAUCCCACUUCACGAAUGAGCUCGAGCCAAGCCUCCUACUCAUCCAGUCCUCAGUCACAGACCAGACACAGUUUUUCCCCCAGCUCUGAGAACCUAGGCCAGAUCGGGAGACCCCCUCGGUCGCCACUGGGACAGGGAUGUUUACAAAGGUCACAUAAGCAAAACUCUGAGGGCCAAAAUAGUCCUAGUUUUGGGUCUCAAAGUAGCAUUUCACCGACAUCGUCUCAGAAUCACAUAGGACCUGUCAGUUCAGAGAAGACCAUGUCGUAUCGUCGCACCAGCAGCGGGGGAGGCAGUCAGGGAAAGUGUAGCACUUUGCCUCCGAACUGUGUGGGAAGCCAAGAGGAGCUGUACUGCAGCCUCGUGGGAAACGGCACAGGUCUCAUCUCCUCUGCGGCUCCGGCGCCAUCAUCCUCGCCUCCUGUAACCUGCGCACCGCGCUCGCGCAAAAACGCUAUGGUUUCUGGCAGCCGGCCGCAGAACCGUGUCAAGGCUCUGGUGGACUGCCGGGCUGUCAGCUCUGAGCAGCUCGCCUUUUUCAAAGAUGAAAUCAUUGUGGUCACAGCCACUAAUGACCCCCACUGGUGGGUUGGUCACAUAGAGGGGGAACCAUCCAGGAGCGGGACCUUUCCUGUCAACUAUGUACUCAAACUAAAAGACUGAGGGGCUGUAUAUCUGAACCUUAGGACUUUCUCGCUAAGUGGAAUUCAUCAAAACGGACAAAACUCACAGAUCUGAUUCAAGCCUGAGGGUCAAAGCAAACCUGAAGAAGUAAAUAUAUUUUUAUGGGGUUUAUUCCCUUUUAAAAAAUUUACUCACUGAGGAAACUAAGAAAGAAACUGAAAGCUUUCAUCUGUUGUCAUAAACCUUGAAAUUUCAGUUGAAAGGUACAAAGGUAGAGUGUUGUUGGCAUGGUAUAAUGUGCCAACGUCCCUUUUUAAAGAUUAAUCAGUUUUUAAGUUGUCCGUACUGAGCUAUGAGUUGUAUACAAAGGGAAAAACUUACCUGCAGGGGGAAACAAAAACCAUAAGGCACUUUAAACGCAGAGGGACCUUCUGAGGAGUUGGCAGAGCUGGAAAUGUCUGCUGCAAAGGGAUGGAGCUGCACUUUGAUCUGACUUGCCAGAUCCAAAGCAGCUCAGUGUUUGCUGCAGUCUGCCCAGGAAUGUGCCUGCCAGUCUGUCUCCAAGGAAUCGCCAGAGUGUCUGGAGCUCACGGGGUCUCACCGCCGCCGUUAAUGACUCUGGGCAGAACUCACGGGCUGCAGGGAGAAUGGAUGCUGGAGUUUUACCUUCCUCCUGGGAUCGCCUCCUGGAAAAUGCUGAUCAGCGACGGUGUGUGUGAGGAAAGAAGAGACCCAUUCUCUCUGACCAGAAAACGGCAUUUCGUUCCAUGAACACAAUCUCCGUUACACUCAGCGUGCACGCAGAAGCUUCUAUGGGACAACAUAAAAGAAUAAAAAACACAAAAAACAGUGAAUCCGGAGCAGAAAUAAAUGGAUAAUACGGAUUCACUACUAUUAUACGCAGUUUGUUGUAUAUAUUUGUCUAAAAUGUAUAAACACCCAUGUAUAUUAUCUCACUUGUCUUCACCCGUGUAUUAUAAAGGACAGUGUUAUUUUUUUGUCACCCUAAUGAACUUUGAAUUGAUUUCACAUUUCCUCUGAAAUAGAGACGGUGGGGAAUUAGGGAAUAAGGGAAUAGACACAAAUGCAUGUUUCCAGAGACGAUUUUUUUUCUCUCACUAAGCAGAGGAGCAGCUGACAGGAACCACAAAGGUGGACACGUUUACUUCCUUGUAAUCAUGUAUAAAUGUAAAGAAACCGAUAGGAAGUCCAGUUGCUCGUCAGCGGUUUCUCGUAAUAUUGUUUGGUGACUUGAUGAUUAAGCAGGAGUGGUGAGGCGUGCAGACGUUCAGAACCGCAUCAGACAUCAACUGUAAGGAGCAGCGAGGAUGUAAAUAACAGAUCAGCACUUUUUUGUAACUAUAUUUGUACCAUAAACAUUAAACAUGUUCAAGUG